UCCCAUUAGUGGUUCCUCUAUGAGAACCUGAAGUUCUGUGAGGUUACAGAGGUGGUGUGUUGUGAAGUCUUGAAAUAAGUAGUGUGUAUAUAUAAAUGGCGGCUGACGAAAAAUGGUACUUUACAAAAGAACAAUUAGCAAGUACACCAUCGAGGAGAAAUGGAAUAGACGCUGAUAAGGAGCUGAGUUACAGACAGCAGGCAGCUAAUUUCAUCCAGGACAUGGGCCAGAGGCUUGUCGUUACACAACUAUGUAUAAAUACAGCAAUAGUGUACAUGCACCGGUUCUAUGUAUUUCACUCGCUGGCGCAAUUUCACAGAAACGCAAUUGCAGCAGCAUCUCUGUUUCUCGCUGCGAAAGUCGAGGAACAACCCCGAAAAUUGGAGCAUGUCAUCAAGGUUGCACACAUGUGUCUCCACAAAGACCAGAAUACACCGGACACCAAAUCUGAUGUACGUUCAAUGCAAUGUUUUGAAGAGGCGGAACUUUGUUUAAUUAAAAAAAAAUUAUUUCAGCAUUAUCUUGAGCAGGCCCAGGAUUUGGUGUUUAACGAGAAUGUCCUGCUGCAAACUCUGGGCUUUGACGUUGCCAUUGACCAUCCACAUACUCAUGUUGUCAGGUGUUGUCAGUUAGUCAAAGCGAGCAAGGACUUAGCCCAGACUUCCUACUUCAUGGCGUCAAACAGUUUACAUCUUACAACUAUGUGCCUGCAAUAUAAACCGACAGUGGUAGCCUGUUUCUGCAUCCACUUGGCCUGCAAGUGGUCAAAUUGGGAGAUACCGCAAAGCAAUGAGGGAAAACACUGGUUCUGGUACGUCGAUCGUACCGUAACCUCCGAGCUCUUGCAACAGUUGACGGUGGAGUUUCUUCACAUCUUCGACAGAUGCCCCUCUCGUCUGAAGAAGAAGAUAAUGUCAAUGUCGGAGAAGCAGAGUCCAACGAUGCACCAUCCAAGUCUCCCGAAUUCGCCAUUCGACGUAGAGCCCCGCAAAGUCAAUUCCCCCGCACCAGAUGGAGGGCCCACCUUCCAAUCAGCGCGUCCCUUUCCCCAAGAAAAAGAUGAGAGCAAACCCUCGACAUCACGUCCCCAGCUGGAUCGAGAGUACAGAGAGAAAAAGGAGCGGGAGCGGCUGGAACGAGAGAAACUUGGAAACUCCUUGGUAUCUCACGAUCCCCAGAAACAUCAUCACCAACAUCACCACAAGCCACCCCAGGGCCUUCUUCCCAAGCAUCUACCCCCAUCGUCAAAACCCGUUCACCACAAUCACCACCACAGACCAGAUCCAAAGCUCCCUCAACCUCCCCAACGUCACUCUCAGUCCCGCCAGCGACCUCCAGGUCUCCCGCACCCUUCGCAAAAUCCCCCGCCAGUCCCUCAGCCCCAACAAUACCAGAAGGAUCCCAAUUUAGUGAGUGCCCCCCUAAACCCACCCGACCACCAGGAUCUGGAGAAAGUCCAGAACAAUCAUCUCCAUCGUCGGUACAACGAUCCUCGUCACAAGCUUAUCGAGCAAAGAAAGGAAGAACCAAAGUCCUACAGCUCGCAAAUUCGUCAACGAAAGCCUGACUCUCUGGAGCAAAGAUCCGAGGAGGUAAGGAAGCUCAUAGAGAAGCCCCUGCCUCCACCAAAACCAAGGCAGGAACUUACUAAAGAGGAUUACAUAGCUACCAUGAUGAAACAGUCACAUCAUCCGUCGAAAUAUCAGGAUAAACCGAUUGUGCAUAAUUCUGGACGAAAUGUUCAAUCACAUGAGUUUCAGAAGACACCUACAGUUGCCUUAAAACCACAGGUGAACCCUGGAAAUCUGCAGAUUCCCCAGAAAGACCAAAAGAACGGUAUCGACGAAAUAAGGCAACUUGAGAAACGGCUCAAACCAGAGGAACUCAUCCCCAAACACAAAUCCCUAUUCAGUCCCGAGAAGACACCACGAGAGCCCGUGCCCAGGCCAAAGCCUCCCAAGCAGAAGACUCCACCGAUGCUUCCUGUCAAGGCCAUUAAAACUGAGAGAAUUCCGGAGGGCCACUUCGAACUCCCCGGAAGUUUUCCCAGUCCUCCCCAACCCCUUAAUCCUCAGAAGAGGCCGGAGGAUCGAGUGAAGAUCGAGGAUUCUGCUUCUUUUGACCUUGUAAAGAUGUUUGGCAAGCUCCCCGAGCCUCUCCAGUCCCUAGGUUCGACAAAUGGAAGAGGCGAUCUUAAGCAGGAGAAGCCAUUCGAUACCGAUCACAUCCUCACGAACGGAAUGGAUUUUGAAACUAAAACAGAUCUCGAUCAUCUAAUCCUCGAGAGGCUGGAUUCAGGAUUAAAAACUGAGUACCUGAGUCCCAUGAAGUCAGCCCAGAGUAUUUCAGCACUACUCCAGGAGCCCUUGGCACUCAUGCCAUCAUUACUCCAGCCGUCGGACUCUGGUACAUUCAGUCAACCUUUCAGCCAGAUCACGCAAUCAGAAUCCCUCCAGAAUCCAGUGCCUGAACAGGUGAAAGAGGAGAUAUUCCCAUCUACCGUCGAUAUAUCCGCUCUAUCGGGGCCUGUGCAGGCACUUCCUGAUGUGACUGGUGUGCCCUCGAUUCCUCAACAAUCAGAGAAAAAGUCCGAGCAUCACAAGAGUGAGAAAAAGAAGAAGAAGGAUAAGCACAAACACAAGGACAAGGACAGGCACAAACACAAGCAUAAAGAUAAGGACAAGGAGAAGAGGGACAAAGAUAAGAAGGACAAGGAGAAGUCAAAAGUCGAGGAAAACUCAACCGUUCCAAUCAAGAUCACAAUACCCAAGGACAAGCUGAAUCUCUCCACAGACAAUUCCUCGCAGGAGAGAAAAAGCCCAAGUGCAACAAAGCUCACUCUCAAAAUACCUAAGGAGAGAUUGCAACCUGGUGCCACUGGACCGACGGUGGCUAAGGAUGCACAGGGUUCCUUGAAAAUUAAAAUCAGGACUUCCGGAGCUGGAGUGGAGUUUCCAGAGUCUAGGAAGAGGGAGAGGGAAAGGGAGACUGGGGACACUGGUCCUGUCAGCAAGAAGAGUGCUGGACAGCAAUCGGGACAGCAGAGGACCAAUGACAGACAGAAUGGCAAACAUUAUGGAACUACCAGCAAUAAGGAGAAGCACACGAGAGAACACAAGAGUUCGAGUAAGUUGUCACAGUCCCAGCAAUCACAUACUACGUAGUAUCAAGAUAAGGAGGGACUACUCGACCUCUAGGGGUUUUCCGUUUUUUGUUUUGAGAGGAACCUUGAAAAUAUUUGUUUUUUUUUUGUUGAGGGAGGGUGUGUUGGGAGUUAAAUAUCCCACGCCUUUUGCAAAUAUUUUUUUUAAUUUAUGGGAUUUCCUGAGUAUUUAAGGGGAGGAAGAGUGGCUUUCGACGGUGAAAGCUUUAAUUGUUUUUGGUUUGAAUUGUGAGUUGAAGUAAAACAGACAAGUAAAAUGUGGGUAAAACUGCGAGAGAUAAAUCCCCAGUCGAACAUGCAUGGAAAAAUUCGAAAGUUGAUGCGACAAUUUGUUCAUUUUCUAAAAAUCAUAUGACAGGAGUUGAGCUCGACCUGAAAACGAUCAAUUAGUCAAAGAAAUAUUGAAAAACUUCAAUAAGAUGAAAGCGUCAACAACUGUUGAUUACUUAUAACUGGUAUCAUUGAUUUACAGAGAAAAGUACAAAGUUGUCAUGUUGCCGUUCAGAGUUUUUUUCCAUCAUUUUAGUAGAUUUUUACUUCCGAAAAUUGUUAACAAAUGGCCUUCAACAAACAUAAAAUCAUCCCCAAAUAUUGAAUGAAACCUGCGCGAAAGGACAUUUCGACAAAACAUCAAAACAAACCGGAAGUAAAACCACUCCUAUGUCCAGAAUCAGAUUAUCGAUCACUCGAGCACAAUUUCUCAACUCCAGGUUCUCGUAUCUCCAGGGCUAGAGAUAAGGUGUAUGCAUCUUUCCAUUCAAUACUGAUAUCUUAAGAUUUUUUUUCCGGAAUAUCCUGAGAUAAAGAAAAACUUAUUGGUCAUAAAAUGAAACAGAUUUUGCAUCGUUUCAUAACUUCGCUCGAAUUCUUAUCGAACGAUUAAAUAAACUCAGGACACACGGACUCAGAGGAGUCUAUACAACUCCAUUGGGGCACACGAGAGUGAGACGUUAGGUCAAAGUUAUUAAAAUAAUUUAUUUAUCCAUUCGUGAAUUAUUCUAAUUUCAUUAAUUCAAUCAUUUUUUUAUGUAAAUAGUUUGAAAAUCAUUUUCUUUGAAUCCUCAGUAAUUAUCUGCAUCUUUCCACCUCUCCUCCCCCUCCGUUCCCUCUCAGACUUCAUUUCCCCUAUUACGAUUGAUUAGAUAAUAAUCCGCUUAUACUACACGUAUCUAGUAUAAAGGAAAAAAACUGAAUAGUUUAAAAACGAAAUACGACUAUGAUCAGACUGUAAAUAAAAUUAUUUUGUAUGCCAAAAUAAACCAAAUGGAUGACGGAAAAUGGUAUGAUACAAUGAAAAAUAUGAGACUACUUUCGUUUGAAGGACAAGUAAUUGUUUUGAUUCGGCGGAAGGAAGUGAAAAUUUAGAAAUGAGUUGCAUUUUUUAUUUCAGUUGAAAAAUUGAAGCUGAAGGUGCUAGAAGAUUUAAGUUAUUUUAGGCUGAAAUUUUUCAACCUUUAGGAGAAUUUUUUUGUUUCGAAGGGAAUAAUAAAGUGGAUCAGGGAAGUUCUGAAGUGAUUCAUUUCGUUAUUCAAUAAUUGUUAAUUAUCUCGGUGAUGGGUGCUUUGAUAAGAAAAAAUAUUGCGUUUUUUAUCUAAAUCCACCUAUUGCUGAGGUAAUUAGAGAACUCAAAAGUGGUGAAUUAUUCGGCAAAAGGCGAUGGGAAAAUCUGGAAGAUGGCUCUAACAAUUUCUUUAGAAACGUCUGAAUAAACUGAAAAUUUCUUGAAUUUCCAGUGCACAGGUGCCUAAAUAUCUCAAUUCAUGCUCGAAAUUCAGAAAACUCAUGAUUAUUUUAUCCAGACGCGUUUUUUAUUAUCUAUGCCGCCAUCUUGGAAAGGCUUGUGCAAAUGGCGUCACCCACGUGGUGUCUUUAAACGUCUUUAAAAAUAAUUUAUAAUUUCCCAAUCACCUUCACUGAGUUUUAUUUAAUUCUUUGAGAAGUAAUACAUUUUUCAAGUCACCCUUCAGAUGUUUCUCAUCCCCUUUUGACUGAGAUUGAAGAUAUUUCCGCAGUAAGCCCCAAAAGCAAAAGAUGAGGGAUAAAGAUUGUGCAUUCUAACCUCAUUUUUAGUUCCAUCCUUUCAUGUACAAUGUUUAAACACAUGAUUUGGACAACCUUAUGAUUACGGCGGAAGUCUCUCAAUGGUGCAUUAAUUAAUAAUAAAUUCAUCUCUGAAUUUAGUAGAAAAAAAAUCAUCUUUCUUGUUCCCUUCAACUCCCAUGUUUCAUCUGGACUUUCCAAAUGCAUAUCGAGAGGCGCCAAGUGAAGCAACAAACUAUCAGAUUUGUUUAGCUUCCAGUUUCGCAUUUACGUAGAGAAAAAAAUGAAAAAAAAAGUUUACGAAUAUGUUCUAAGACUAAAAUAGUAAUCGUAAAAUGAGUAACUAUUAAACAUAAACUACAAUCAUUGUUACACUAAUUAAUCAUGUUGAAUUGGUGGAGUGAUUAAAGCCACUUUUGUAAUAAAACGAAAACGAAGAAACAAAGAAAAAAAAUAUUCUAUUUUCUCUUGCUCGUGCACUCUCACGUUUCCCACGAUAAUUUUAUUUCUUUUAUUAAAUGCAGAAAAAUUAUCGAUUGACAAUUUAUUGGGAAUAGCUAACGAGUGUAUAAAUUCAUUAGUCGAUUAAUCGAGUCUUGAGAGGAUAAUUGAUAAUUAUCGUGAUGAAUUCACUGAUUUUUGACUGCCUUUACAACUGAUUGAAUUUGAUCGAUACCAUGAAUUUAAUGAUUGCAAUUUAUUAUUAUAGAAUUAAUUAGGUCCGAUCACGUCAUCCGUCGCUAAUUUCCUAAGGUAAUGCAUCCACUAAAGUAAAGAUUGACGUAUGAAGAGAGAAUAAAGAUUUGUUGAUAAAACAGAACUCGAUUUGUUAAUUUUUCUUUAUGGGUAUUUUAUUCUGGAGAAAAAUAAGGUAUUACAGGUGUGGCUAAUUACGCAAUACUACUGGCAUUGGAUGCAAUUCUUGGCCACAGAUCCGCACAUUCCUUAGCAACGGGCCCAGUGAUGGCGGAACCCUUCAUUUCUCCUUUGUUAUUGACAAUAACACCUGCGUUGUCCUCGAAGUAGAUGAAAACACC